GUUAAGUUUACCUAAAACAUUUAUCAGAAACUACCAAAAUUAAAAAAAAUAAAAUUUACAAAAAAUAAAUAAAAUAAGAAAAAUAAGAAUUACAAGCAUGUACGAUAUAUGCCAUCCUAGUUAUUAUUAUAUUGGAAAAUUAGGUUGCAACGAUCCUGUAAAAAUUUCAAAUACAUUUUAUAUAUAUAUGCAAUUAUGCGAAGGUAAAAGAUUUUGGCACAUUGAAUAUAAAUAUAAUAAAGAAUUGGAUUUACUUUAUUUAGAAACAAAACAAAAUAAAAAUUCUAAUCUUGAAAUUUACAUACCAUGGUCCGUAUCAUCUUCGAUCACUAUAGAUCUCAUUGAAAAAAUACAAAAGUCACUUGAAACUAAUAGAAUAAUAUUUGUAUUUAAAUCUACGGAUAGUACUAGUGUCUUUUAUAGAGCAAGUGCAGGUCUUAUAAAACCUUUAUCACCUUUAUUAAGAAAACGAUUAAAAGAAAAAGAAGAUAAAAGGAUAACGUUAGAAAGAAAUAUUAAAAAAAAUACAUCUAAUUUAUACGAAUUAGCUAAAUCUAUAAAUUCACGAGAUAAUGAUCUUCAAUCAAGUAGUGAAAGUAAAAAUGAUGAAACAAAUUCUGAAACGUCUAUAAUAGAAAUCUAAUUUGAAAUAUUAAAAUAUUUUUCAAAUUUUUGAAUAAUUAAAUAUAAAUAUAUUGAGCCGUUUAUUUUGAAAGUGGCCUAACUCCAUUUGUCAAUUUUUUCCGUUUGCUAUAAUUACAUGUACAACUUUAUCUUAUUUAUCAGUAAAACAUUUCAGAUUGCUUAUAUUCCGAGCAAAUACGAUAAUUCAUGACAGAUAAGUUUUCAGAGUUAGUUCAAUAAUUUAACCGUUUAUUUUGAAAGUGGCCUAACUCCAUUUAUACUUAAAUUAAUGAAUGAAAAUGAAAAUUUUAAAGUCCUGAAUUUAUUACCACGUCGAGGUAGAUCAAAAAAGUUCGAAAAUAUUGUAUUGACACCACUGUAUAAAAAUAUCAGACAAAUUACAACAGCAAAAUUCAAGGACAUAAUUGACCUAUUACGAUAUAUACCACCGGAACAUCAUGAUUUCUUCAAAUCCCUUUCACACACACAAAAUCCAGAUGAGUAGUAAAUUGUUUUGUAAUAAAUUUAUGUUUGUAAUUUUCAAAAUCGCUUAAAUUAUGUUUUUGAAGUGUUUUAAAGAUAUGUAAAAUAAAUUGAGUAUUGUUUUUUUCUAUUUGAACCAUCUUAAAUUAUGUUGAAUGGACUUGGGCACCUUCAAACUUUAUAAUAAAUCUAAUUGUUAAUUUUGGUAGUGGCCUAAUUCCAUUCUUGAUAAGAAAACGCAUAUUAUUCACUUAAUAAUCGCCACUAUUUUAAUAGGAACUAUAAAUUUAACACCCUUAGAUACACUUAAGUAGUAUGACUCAUUAGUAUCCUAUACGUAUAUUUUUAAAUUCAUUUAAACGCAAACCCUUAAAUAUCUCGAUUUGAAGAUAAAUGGAGUUAGGCCACUUUCAAAAUAAACGGCUCAUAUAUAUAAUGAUAAGAAAAUAAAUUUGUUUAAAUAGUUGAAAUUUAUAUAAAAACAAUUAUUAUACGUGUAAUAAAGGUAUGUUUGUGUGUGUGUGUGUGUGUAAACAAAAAAACAUGAGAGAUACAUUCUUCAAAAAUUUAUUCUUGAAUCGAGUAAUGCUUAUACGUAUAUAUAAGAUCAUAAAUUUGAAGAGAAUAUCACUAAGAAUUACGUAAUUUACUUAUGAUGAUAUGUAAUAAGCUGCCACUGUAAAUAUAUGUAUCAAAUAAAUAAAUUUUUAGAAAUCUU